CUAAGAGUUGUUAUAGAAGCUGAUAUUGCGCGGUUACCCCUUUCAAAUAAUAUUGCUGAUGUUAGCGUAUUUUGUUUAAGUUUAAUGGGUACAAAUUGGCCAGAAUUCCUGGAAGAGGGAGCCCGUAUACUGAAAAAAAAAGGUAUUUUAAAAAUAGCGGAAGUUAACUCAAGAUUUUCCAAAGUUCAAGAAUUUAUUCAUCAUGUCAACGAAAUAGGCUUUGUCCAUAAAAGUUCGGAAAACAUUAAUAAUUAUUUCUAUAUUCUUGAAUUUGAAAAAAUAGUUGAUAAAGAACGAAAAUUGAUUCCGUCGUCCUUACUUAGCAUUUGUCACUAUAAAAAACGUUAAAUUGCCUUGUUUAGAUAUUAAUUUUAUUAAUACGUGUGUUUUUGUCGCCUUGAAAUCAAAUAACUGUGACACCUGUUUUAAUAGAGACUUUAUGUCAAAUUGAUUGAGCCAAAUUAAUAACUGUAUUCUACUCAUUAUAAAACCCUUCCAUACAUCAAAGAAGCAUAUCAUGAGCUUUUCAUUAGGCAUAGAAGGAAGUGCUAACAAAAUAGGUGAUAAAAAUAAAGUAUUCUUUAACCCUUUGUGUUUUCAUUCUUCGUUCUACAAUUUUCUUCAGGUGUUGGUAUUGUUGAUGCGUCUGGCAAUGUACUUGCUAAUCCGCGUUUAACGUAUAUAACGCCUCCUGGAUCUGGGUUUUUACCAAGACACACAGCAAUUCAUCAUAGAAGUAACAUUGUUGACCUUAUCGAACAAGUUUAGCUAUGAAAGAAGCUAAAGCACAAAUUAAGGAUAUAGGAGUUAUAUGUUACACUAAGGGUCCAGGAAUGGGAGCAACAUUGUCUGUUGGCGCUAUAGUGGCAAGAGUUUUAUCUCAAUUAUGGAAUGUUCCUUUGGUUGGUGUUAAUCACUGCAUCGCUCACAUAGAAAUGGGUCGAUGGAUAACAAAAAGUCGAAAUCCUACAGUUCUGUAUGUUUCUGGGGGAAAUACACAGGUUUUAACGUACUCUAAUCAUAGGUAUAUAAUUGUUGGUGAAACGCUAGAUAUUGCUGUAGGAAACUGUUUUGAUCGUGUUGCGCGACUUUUAAAUCUUUCUAAUGAUCCAUCUCCUGGAUUUCAAGUUGAGCAAAAAGCAAAAGCUGUCAAAGAUUCUUCUACUCUUAUAAGUUUACCUUAUACAGUUAAAGGAAUGGAUGUAUCUUUUAGCGGAAUACUUACUCAGAUAGAAGAAAUUUGGCGAAAGCGUCAUAAAACAAUGGAGUGUAAAAAGAACGUAGCUCCUAUAACAGUUGAAAGUAUUUGUUAUUCAUUACAAGAGCACGUGUUUGCUAUGCUUAUUGAAAUCACCGAACGCGCAAUGGCUCAAGUCAAAUCCGACGAAGUUUUAGUGGUUGGUGGAGUGGGAUGUAAUCAACGGCUUCAAAAUAUGAUGGAAUCAAUGCUUCAAGAUAGGAAUGGAACACUUUGCGCUAUGGAUGACAAUUAUUGUGUUGACAAUGGUGCUAUGAUAGCGUAUACCGGUAACAAUGUUUUUUUUGUAAAUGAAGAGAAAAACUACGUUAACACGCAUUCUAUACUUAAACUUGUGGUCCCUUUAGGCCUAUUGGCUCAUCGAUUAGGCCAUCAUUUACCUUUAAAAGAUGCUACGUUUUGUCAGCGUUAUAGAUCAGACGACGUUGAUAUCGUUUGGAGAGACUGA